CUCAGGGAGAUACAUGUACAUAUUUCGACGUGUUUGUGUUGUUUGACACUUAAACCAAAAACUGAAAAAAUACAAGAAAGUAAAGAAGAACAUUGGUAGAAUGGCCACUGAUUGCUUAAGAUCAUAUUUAAGGAAAGGUCGAUGGGAAUACGGCAAAGAGUACUUUAGAGAUGGUGUACUUAUCCUGCCUUUUGUGCAUCCUGCAGCAUACUCUGAAGAGACAAAGAAUUUUAAGAUCCGUAAAGAUGAUGUCUUCAUGUCGUCUUUUCCUAGGGCUGGGACACACUUGACCUGCGAGCUCAUUCAAAGUGUAUUGAACUUUGGAAGCACGCAGGAGUUAUGGGAUCAACAAAUUCAUGAUCGUGUACAGUUUCUACAAGUCAGUAGGGAAGUCAUAUUGGGAACAACUCCUAGAGAAGAUCCAGGGAGUAGUCCUCUUCCACGUGCUGAGGCCGCUCAAAGUCCAAGAUUAUUCUUCAACCACAUGAGCUACGAAUUUGUUCCAAAUGAUGUCAAACUGGGAAAAUGUAAAGUCAUAAUCACCCUUAGGAACCCUAAAUCUACAUACCUGAGCUGGUUCUACUUAUUAAGAGAUGGUUUCAAAGGUUUGUUCGAUUGGGAUAGUCCUCUUACAUGGGAGGACUUUUCUGCAGCCAUGUUAACUGGGGAAACUAAAGACAUGGCGGGAUUCUGUGGGACCUGGUUUGAUUUCUAUAAGCAAUGGUGGGAGAAUAGAAGCCCAAACAUGUUCUUUUUAAGCUACGAGGAACUAAUGAAGGAUUCCCCAAAUGUAAUAAUGGAGUUGGCCAAGUUUCUAGAAAAGGACUUGAACGAGGAUCAGGUUGAGACGAUUUCACAACAUAUUAAGUUUGACAACCUAAAGAAAAGCCCUGGGUUUGGCGAGGCCUUCGCUCGAAUGGAAGUUCUUCGAAAGGGGGCGACCCCUCAUAUGAGAAAAGGGAAGAUAGACGACUGGAAAAACGUGUUCACGGUGGCACAGAGUGAGCAAUUUGAUAAACUCUUCCAGGAGAAAAUGAAAGACACUUGCUUUCCUGAACCAAUUUACGAAUAAGACAUGGUUAUGACUAUGUGAAGAUUAAUAUAUACGAUGAUUAAUUGUAUGUUAACAACUUCAUCAAAUGACCUUACUAGUGGCACUGAAUUUGAUAACAUUAACACGGAAUAACUAAUCAUUUCAGUAAAAAUAGU